AUGGCCGACGAUUCUUGCAGCGGCGGGAAUCCCUUUAAGCGCCUCACUGAGCAGCAGUCCCGUGAUGGCAGCCGUCACCAGGACCGUCUUGUAAACCGCCCCGGCGCUCAGGCUCCCGGUUCUUUCAGAACCGGACCCCAGGCCGCACAGGGUCCCAAUGGCUUCAACCAGUUCAUGGAUGGCCCUGCUGCUCUCCCCGGCAUGUCUGGCAUGGCUCCCAUGGCUCAUCAGCACGCGGCCAACAGACUGGCCACUCAUGCCACCGCCUUGCAGCCAGCUCAUGCCCCGGGCUUUGCGCCUCAGAACCCUCAGUUCCAGGCUCGUCAUGCUCCUGCUGAUGGGAGCAACUGGGCUGCCGACUUUGGCCGCUUCACCCAGCAGCGUCAGCCCCAGAACGGCUUCACCCAGGCGGCUCCUCAGAUGCGCAUGGCUCAGGGCAAUCCCCAGAUGCACAUGGCUCAGGGCAAUCCCCAGAUGCACAUGGCCCAGAGCAACUCUAUGCUCGCGUUCAAUCCCGCCGGCUUGACCUUGCCCAACGCUGGCUUCUCUCCCCUCUACGGCCCGACCAACGGCGGCCACAUGGAUGCCAGCUCCGCCAUCGCCCAGCGUCACGGCGCCGAGGCCGACUUCGACCGGGAGAUGGAUAUCUGGAUGUCCCGCCAUGGCAGUCGCGCCGAGGACGUCGUUGCCGUCAUGGAGCGGAUCGCUGACGAGGCGGAGCUCAACGAAGCCGCCUUCAACAAUGCCGAGGCUGCAGACCAGGAAGCCGCAGAGGCAGAGACUCGCUCCGAUGGCGACUUUCAGACUCCUGACAUUGCCGCUCUUUCCCUCGAGACCCGUGCGCCCGUGGAGUCGGAGUCGACUGGACCCGCCAAGGCCAAGUCUGAGGUCUCCGAGGCCGCCGAGCGACUCCUCGAGUCAGUCCAGCACGAGGAGGGCGACAAGUGGAAGAACUCCACCUUUCUCUCUCUGAUGCGCGACUUCCGCGACGGCCGCAAGGACAUCGUCGACAACGAGAUCCGCGACACGCCAGAGAGCGACGAGGAGGGGCCCAAGGCCCCCCAGUGA